UCAUUAGAUUGCACCAAAAAUUAGUCUAGCCAAGAUGCAAGUUGUUGAUAUUGAGAAACAGACAUGUCACGCACAUAUCCAUAAACACACGCAGCAAACAGUGUGUGCAUGCGUGCUAUUACAACCUCUUCUGCUCCCAAAAGCGGCCAAACAUCCCAGCUGAAUGCGGAUUAGGGAUGAGCAUUAAAACUCACAUUGAGCCUCAUGUGCUUUCUACCCAUCCUGUCCUGCUCGCUGCAUUUCUGUCAGUCAGUCAAUCGGAGUGGACAAAGCGGUUGUCAACAUGAGCGUCUCUGGAAUCCAUCAAGGCACACUCAGGAUGUAUGCUGUGAGGCCAUUGUGGAGGGCAAGGAGAUCCUUGACCUUCCAAAGAUUCCUGCUGGCGGGAGCCGAGAUUGCUGCUUCGCUCUCAUCUUGACCCAAAAUAAAUACCUGCUCCUGAUGGCCGACACCCCUGCAGACUGCAGUCAAUGGCUGAACGUGCUGAAAAAAGUCAAACAAAGCGUCUCGUCACCUCUUAGUCUUUGCAAGCGGCAUCAGGUGCCGCCGCUCAAUAUUGCUCUGAAAGACCUGGUACCCGAUCAAAUCCAGGAUAAAGAUCCACCGACCCCACCGAUCAGCAAUGGCGAGGCACUUUCACCUGGGCCUCUGAUUGGCUCCCCAAAGGACAAAGGCAGGGAUUCUCCACGCACAAAGUACUACAAAGAAGGCAGGCCCUCGGUGGGCUGCCUGCGUCACGGCACCAUCAACAACACUCAGACGGUGAGGGCCGUCUACCUGCUGAUGGGAGGGGCCGCCGCGUCGUCUGCUAUGGGCUACUUAGGCUCGUGCUCACCCUCCGGCCUGGACGCCAAAGCUCCCGACCUGCCCCUCAGCGCAGACUUCUCAGAUGUGGGACCGGCAGGGGCGUACCACACGGACAGCCCCGCCAUCACCUCCCCACACUUUAACAGCUUUGACUUUGAAAUGGCAGACGCUGAUUUUAAUGCUUUUGAUUGUGGGGGGUUUACUUUUUGAUAGUCGCAAGAUUCCCCUUCUGUCCCACCGUGACAACAACCAGUGCAACACGCCAUGUGCUUUGUGCAUAACUACCCACACUGUGUAUGUUUAAAAAAAAUAUAUCUAUAACAUAAUCAGCACUGUAAGUGAUUGUAGAUUUUGGUAAAAUGUCAACUUAAGAUGUAUGUUUUGGAAAUCUACUAACCCUACCACUGAGUUAGUUAGACCUGAACUUAACCUAAUGCUAUAAAGUAAAAACCUCAUCAUCACACACUGUUAAUCCCUCAAAUGUGAACUUGUACAUUAAGUAAAACUAAUAUGUUGUUUAUACGUGCUACUUUGUCUUGUUCAGCAAACCAAACGUUCUUGCAGUAGCAGGCCUCUCAAAUGUAGCAAGUAGCACCGGAUUUUGAGAAGUUCACCAAAAAAUGGUCAUAAACUAUUUGUGGUCUUUUUAGGAGACACAUGAACCCAAAUAGCUUGCAUUGACAAUCAGUUUAGUAAGUGCAAUCAAAUGUAAACAAAGUAAAACACAAGUAGCUUGUCUCAUUUUAUUUUGUCUCAGAGUGAAGAGUUGGAGACACCUGCUCUAUAUCCACACACAGACAGGCACAUAUCAUACAAUCUAAUGUAUUAUGGAGGAGACUUUGCAUUUUCACACAUAGAUUAAAGGUUUCACAAAUCAUAAACGUUGUUAAAUUGACUCAUUACACAAUGUGUAUUUAUAUUUGUGUUGCAUUGAUGUUUUUUUGUUCUUAUUUUGCACUAGUGACAAAAUUAAUCGAUGUGACAUUUCAAGUAAAGUAUCUGUUUGGUGUUGACUUUUUAUUGCCCACCCUUCGAAUCGGAAGCUAACGUCAGCCUUGUAAAAAUGACAAAAAUAAACAUGCAGUUGUUUGUAUUAUUGUGCUUUACAUUUGUAGUUGUGUAAGUGGACUGUAUCAUACUGAGAAGUGGGGCUGUGAAUCUUUGGGUGUCCCACGAUUCGAUUAAAUAUCGAUUCUUGGGGUCACGAUUCGAUUCAAAAUCUUUUUUUUUUUUUUUCAAUUCAACACGAUUAUCAAUUCAAAAACGAUUUUUUUCCCGAUUCAAAAUGAUUCUCUAUUCAUUCAAUACAUAGGAUUUCAGCAGGAUCUACCCCAGUCUGCUGACAUGUAAGCAGAGUAGUAGAUCUUUGUAAAAAGCUUUUAUAAUUGUAAAGGACAAUGUUUUAUCAACUGAUUGCAAUAAUGUAAAUUUGUUUUAAAUAUUAAAUGAACCAAAAAUAUGACUUAUUUUAUCUUUGUGAAAAUAUUGGACACAGUGUGUUGUCAAGUUUCUGAGAUGCGAUGCAAGUGUAAGCCACUGUGACACAAUUGUUCUUUUUUUUUUUUUAAUGUAUAAAUGUCUAAUGAUAAAGUGAAUGAGGGAUUUUUAGUCACUGCUAUGUUGAAAUUGUAACUAAUAUUGAUACAGUUGUUGAUAAUAUUCAUUUUUGUUUCACUACUUUUGGUUUGUUCUGUAUCGUGUUUGUGUCUCCUCUCAAUUGCUCUGUUUAUUGCAGUUCUAAAUGUUGCUGUGUCGCGUUUGGUUUUGGAAUUGGAUUGCAUUGUUAUGGUAUU